CCAAAAGUAUUGGGCUAGGCAUAUAGGGGCCCAAAUAGACAAUAACACAAAGGACACCCAGCGUCAUUGACGGUAACCGCUGCACACUAAGCUAGGGUUUUUGAUUGCACCCCGAAUUCUCUUGCAAAGUUGGAGGUUUGGUUCGCCAAUUCCUGUCUCUUUCCAAUGGCGAAAAAUAGAAACAAGAAGAAAAGAGAUAGCUCUGCUAUGGAAGUCACCGAAGAUUUGGUUUCAGAUAUCCCUCAAGCAAUGGACACUUCAGAGACUGGAGCUCGAAACGUGGCCGCUGGUGCUCCCAGUAUGAAGGUAAAGAAGGGAAGACCAAUGAAGAGAUCCAAAAAUGUCCGGAAGAUGAAAUCCAUUGCAAAAGCAAUAUCUAAGAACGAGAAAGCAGUUGAGAAAGUUCUGAAGCAUGACGACAAAAAAUCGAGAACACAGUCUGCUAAAUUGCUAUACGAGUAAAGAACUACAAUUGUGUGUGACCACUGCUUUGUUAUACACAAGGGGUAGCUAAAAAAUUAGUUUUUGGUUUCAAAUUCUCCUUUUUUCUGAUAAUUGUUAUUAGUUUAUAUAUAUGUCAAUUUAUCAAUGCUAUUUUUCUUAUGUUUAGAUUGGUGAGGAGGAUUACAAGUUUUUCUGCCUGCCAUUCAUUUUUUAGGGGUAAAUUGUAUCCAUAAAUAAAGUGUUCGGGAAGGUUUGAAUUAUUAAUGAAAUAUUUAUCACA